CUGGUUCCCAAGAAAUACUCCAUGGACCAUUUUGAUUGCGUCUCUAACCCAGUAACCCUCGAGCUCCCAAAUGGUGAUGCGUGGCUUGUAGAGCUGGUGAGAGAUGAUUUAGGAAAAAGGGUUUGGUUUGGAAAAGGCUGGCAACAGUUCUCACAACAUUACCAUUUCCAACACGGCCAUUUCUUGCUCUUUGAGCUUCUGGGCAACUCCCAUUUCUCUGUAAACAUAUUCGAUCGAACUGCGGCAGAGAUGAAGUACUCACAGUUCACAGUUGGGGUGCCUAAUGGGGAAACGGCAAAAAUUAUUGCCAAGGAAGAUGGAGCUGCCACUAACUCUGUCCUGCCGCGGCGGCGGCCAUCUUUCACGAAAGUCAUCGUAAAGAACAGUCGCAAGUCAGGAGUUAACAAUCUUAAUGUGCCUAGCAGAUUUGUGGAGACGUAUCUCGCGACCGGAUCGGGAGAGAAGGGAGAUAUCAUGGUGAAGCUCAACGUUGGAGGCGAAUCUUGGGCGGUGAAGGUUGUGAGGUAUGAAAGGAAAACGGGAUGUUGGAUGUCCAAAGGUUGGUGGAAGUUUGCAAUGGAUAACUCUCUCAAAGCAUGGGACCGUUGCACCUUUGAGCUGAGGGACGCAGGAAAUGAGUUCGAUGUCCAAAUCCAGAGAUGUUAA